AUUUAUGUCUAGUGGUGCAGUGGUCAGCACAAUUAGGACUAAUGUCGUAACAUUUGUUCUCCUGGUACCUACUUCACAGGGCUCGCUGAUGAUGCCUCACCUCCUGCCACUGGCUAUUCUCCUCCUUUCCAUCAUUCCCACUGAAACUAAAGUGGUGGCAUCAGUGAAGGAAUGUAAUAAGUUUUUUCUUGAUAAAACUCCACCAUACAUCCCAGGAAUUUUAGAGGGAGGGAACAUCCUGGACCAAAACAGAUACAAAGUGAUUUGUCAAACCUUUAGCAACACCAGAACAUUUGUGACGCUGUAUGACACCAAGAACAAGAUUCCAGUUUUUUCUGCUGCAAAGUACAGAGGGAGACCUGGAGGCAAGAGGCCCAAGAUCAAUUGGAUGAUUGAACCGCAGCUUGAAAAACCAGCUGAUGAUGACAAUAUGAGACAAGCUGACAACAACAUCAUCUAUAAAAACCAGGCUGUAAACACUGAUUACAAACCCUACAACCAGCAAGGAUUUGACAGAGGACAUUUAUUUCCAAGCUCUUAUGGCUCUGAUCCAACUGAGAAAAGCUCUACCUUUACCCUGACUAACGCUGUUCCACAAAAGUCACGUUUCAACCGUGUGAGAUGGAGAAACAUGGAGAACUGUGUCAAAAAAUUUCUGGAUACCAACUGCAUUAAUGACAAUAACAGAAUGGCCUUUGUAGUAAUUGGAGCAAAACCUAGACGCAGUGCGAGUAGUGAAAGUAAGAGUAGUGACAAUAAGAGUAGUGACAGUGAGAGUAGUGAAAGUAAGAGUAGUGGCAGUGAGAGUAGCUUACUGAAAAAAAACAAGAUACAUAUUCCGUCAGUGCUCUGGUCGGCCUUCUGCUGCUACAGUAGUAGUCAGAAGAAGUGGGUGGCAGGUGCACACUGGAGCAAGAAUAGAGAUGAUUGCCCCAUACAUCUGCGGACCUUGGAAGACCUUGAGAAAAAACUGAGUAUUGAAGCAUUUCCUGGAAAAAAAUGUUCUAAACACACAACUUUAACUCAAGUUUAUUCAAAAUAUGCCCUUAAAUCCAAAAGGCGCAAUGUGGUUGUGAGUCAUAAGGUUCCUCGUAAGCAUGUUGGAAAGAAAAAAGUUUCUUGGGCUAAAAAGAGGAAAAUUCUAAACAUAAAUCCUGCAUUUCAGAAAAAAAAACCUACCUGAAAGCACUGGGUGAGAAUUAAGUGUUAAGUUGAAAAGGGAUUUCUUUUUUUUAAAUCAUAAAGUGUUUAUCAUGUGCUGCAGCUACAUUUAGUUAAGUAUUUAAGCUUUGUUGUUUGGUUUUUACAGAUGAGGAACAUGCUUUUCAUGCUGUAGCAUUGAUUUAUGUUUUGUACAUUUGAUGUGGGAUCGGAGCAUUAUACAAAAAAUGUGCAAUUUAUACACAUUGUUUAUACAUCAUCCGAGGGGAGCUUCUGUACACUGCAAGGUCCUUAUGGUUUUAAUGUAUUUUAAAUAAAA